AUGGACUCAAUGCUUUCAGCCCAGAAACUUCAAGACGAGAUCAAUGCUGUCAAGCGUCAUCUCCAAGCACUCUGUAAGCAGCAACUCCAGCUUACCAACGAGCAUAACUCCUCACUCGAAUCACGCCCAAGAAGAGUCAACUGUCCACAGGUUCCAUUGGCCGAGCCUCCUGCUCCUUUAACCGACGAAUCUACUGGUCUGGCUAAUUCUGAGCCGAUCAAAAUCACCAUCAAAUCACUCAAGCCACCCCUCUCGUUCUCGAUCGCCUGUUCACCCAGCUCGACGAUCAGUGAACUCAAGCAACUCCUCUGUGAUUCGGACAGCUCGGCACCACCGGUUGAAGCCCAACGUUUGGUGUACAAGGGGAAAGCGCUUGCAGACAGCAAGUUAUUGAAGGAGUAUGAGGCCAUCCAAACGGGAGAGACGAUUCACUUGAUCAUCAAGCCGGACUCGACAGUCUCGAAUCUGGCCUCCUCAGAACGACCCUCCUCCGUCCUAGUCGAGCCAGGCACGCCGAUCUCCGAAAAGACCCUAGCCGGUGCAAGUGGAGGAUCGGUCUCUUCUGCUAAGGAGGGUGAACCUAAACUGGCGAUGAAGAUCCCCAAGAUCACGAUGGAGAUCGAUGGCUCCGACUCGUCCGAACAACCCUGCAUCUCCCGCUCUCGAUCGGGAUCCGUGCACACCAAUCCGAUGUAUUCGCCCCAUCUAGGGAUCUCUGAAUCCUUCAAAUCCGUCGUCACUGGCGAUCAGUUUUGGAUCAGCACUCGCCAAUUCUUAGAAUCCCAAUUUGCCGGCCCGGUCGCCGGUCCCGGAGAAGCCAAUGCUCGCCAACUAUGGGAACAUUGGUUCAACUCUUCCAAGGAAUGGUUAUCUCCCUCUGAGAUUGCCCGUAUUCGUGAAGCUACUGGGAUUUCUGGCAUGGCCGGUCACUAG